AUGAUAUCACAGGGUUCAACAUCAACACACCAGGUCAAAGUGCAGAGGGAGCAGAUCAGUGGUGGGGUCAUGAGGAGAAAGAGAGAGUUCAUCUCUGAUGAAAAAAAAGACGCCUCCUACUGGGAGAAGCGUCGCAAGAACAAUGAGGCUGCCAAGCGCUCCAGGGAGAAACGGCGUCUAAAUGACAUGGUUCUGGAGAACCGGGUCAUGGCUCUGAAUGAUGAAAAUGUAAGACUGAAGACAGAGCUCCUGCAGCUGAAGUUGCGCUUCGGUGUGAUCAACACAGCCGCCUAUAUGGAAAAGAGCCAGCAGAUUUCUAGUAGCAGCAUAAACAUGAACAGUGGGUCCUCCACACCUUCUACUCAUUACUACACCAAUGGGUACUCCAGCUCUCAGGUCACAAUUAACUCAGAUUCCUCAGAAACAGAGCAAUCCGGACGAAAUGAGAGCCACCGGCAGCUGGCCAAAUACUCCCCUCGUGGCUCUCUGUCUGACAUGUCAGAUGGCUCCUCUAGAGACAGUCCUGACCCAAUUUCCUUUGAGAUAAAACAAGAAGGAGACAGACUAGAGAUGGACAUUGCAAAUGGCACUACGACUCAGAUCAUGUUUAAUAUCCACCGAGGUCUAUCUUCUGUGCCAACUCACCACCAAAUCCAGCAGCACACUCAGAACCUGGAGACGACUUAUCAAAAUCAGCAACAUCAUUUUUCCAAACAACCCCCUGCAGCUGUGUCUCCGGUCCCAGCAGUCAGCAAGGCAGCCCCUCACCCACCGGCGGCCCAGCGCAGUGUGAUCCUGUAUGGAUCCAGCAGCAACUCUUAUGGUGUGGAUGUCACCUGCUCCCAAGAAAUGGAGAUGCAGGCCGUCCUGAAGCACAGUAACCAGCUUCUGGCAAACCCUGGACAGAACUCCACAGAGACACUGAACGAGGUGACAAAACCUCUGGAACACAAAUCUGUUGGAUUUCCGUAUGAGCUCUCAGAGAGCCCUAAUAAACGCAUGGAUGAGCAGUUGUACCAAGUGUGCCAACCUCCUUCAAAGCACCACCAGCCAGAUCAUCAGGAGAGUGAGCUAACGGCCCAGCUCCUGCAGGCCCAAAACAGCCUGUCUCAGCUCUACCAACAGCUUCAGCAGCCUCACCACCCAUAUAUCAGUGCUCAAGUGGAGGAUGAGCCCCCUGAGCUAUCGUAUGAAGGCAGCCCAGAGGCUGAAGCUUUCUACCAAGGCCAGUCUGGCUGCACGUCCAGUGAUGGAGAUCCACGCAGCUCUGACAAGGAGGCCUCCACUGAUGAUGAGUCACCUUUGUCAUACUGCUCUGAACUGCACCCUUCUGGUAUUCCCUAUUCUCCCUCACCUUACUCUUUACAAGGUGCCUCUCACAUGUCACAACAUGUCCCGUGUGAAGUGAAGGGCACAGCACUGCCCCACAAACUCAGACUGAAGCACCGUGCCAUGAGUACAGGGAGCUGUGGUAGCUCAGGCCAAGAGUCCCCAGCAAGUCUCCCUUCUGCCACUCCCCCUCCCCUGCCCCAGCAUCCCUACUUAUCACUCUCACCACAGCCGGACAUUAAGCUGGAGAACCAGGGCUCUUCUGAGCCUUGUACUUUUGAUGGACCUAAGGAUUCUGGGAAAAAAGAAGCAGGUGGGCGACGACACAGAAGGCGGGACUAA